GCGGCGGCGGUAAUCGAUUCCUCCAUCCAGUGGUGUGCGCGAUGGCUGGCCGGGCUAGGGCCGGGCGGGUGGCUCUCCACAGUGCACAGUCCUCCUCGAGGGAAUGCACCCUCCAGCCGACGAGUACAGCCGACCAGGAGUGAGUGCCGCGCCGAGAUGUGCAACUUUUGCUAGCCGACAAGUUUGGAAAAUAAAAUGAGGACUGCACGCACUUUGCUGGCCCAGCCUCCGGCGACGCAGCCGACGUCCACGGUCGAGCCCGACUUCACGGCGGCAGGCAACGGUUCAUCGACAAACUCGACCGGCGGUUUUUUCGUGGACAAUGAAAACGAAGACGGAGCCGGCUUGUCGGAGGCGCAAACGGUCAUGCUCGCGCUGCUCGCCACGCUCGUCCCCCUGCUGCUCAUCGUCAUAAUCGUAUUUACCGCCAGGGUCGUUUGGCGCAAAUUCGGCGCUGGAAGCGAGGACGGUGCUUUGCGGAGGGCGGAGAGCUCGGAGCCGAACGCGGCCAAAUCUGCAGCCAGCAUGGGCCAUUUGCUGCCUGAAGAGUUGAAGGCAAGCGAGUCGCAGUCGACAGUGACGCCGUCGGUGGACGAGCUGUCCGAAACGCCCAAGUCGCCCCUGCUGAGCUCGUCGCAGCGGGUGUCGACGUCAGGGCCCCCGAGCGUGGCGGCGCAGCCUCUGAGCCACCACCAAGCGAGCGCAAAGAGCGCCAACGGCAGCAUCAUCACCCUCACAAUGCAGAAUAAUCACCUCAUCGUAGAAACAGAGACAACUGGCGAGGACUUGGUGACGAGCAGCGACGCCGCGUCUGCGGACAGCGUGACGCUGGAGGUGGGCGGCGUGAGCGAGCUGGCGGCGCAAAUCCACGCGCCGCCGUCGCCGCCGUGCUUCACGGGGCUGAGCGUCUCCUCGAGCAGCCUAUCCGGGCCGCCGUCCUACUGCUACUCGACGCAGACCGCGUACGGCGUCACGCCGCUCUGCCAGCCCAUCACGAAGCCCCUGCUCGAGGCCAACAAUCGCCACGCGAUCGACGACCCCAACCACAUUUCGGCCAAGAUUCUGCGCCGACGCCUGCACUCGGCCUACAGCCAGGUCUUGGACGACGCCGACUUCGCGCCCAACCACCACCGCACCGCCAGCCUGCCGCCCAUCAAACUCACCAGGACCAACACGGUGGUGUCCGAGGCGCCGCCGGCCGAACCGCCGGCGGUGGCGCCGCCCCGCGGCGCCGGCAAGUUCAAGGCGCGGGCCUCGCUGCCCUGCAUCAACGCGCCGAUUCUGAGCAAAAUUUUCGGCGACAAGCCGGCGUCGAUCGCCGAGUGAGAGAACUCGGACGUUCAUGCAAGCAGGGUCCUGUGAUUUUUUAUUUGUUCUAAAAAGUUCUUUCAUUUUUUUUUUUUUGACAGAAGGUGUGGAAAUUUCGGAGAUCUUUUAAAAAAGUAAAAUAAAACAAUUUUCCAAAAUUGAAAUUGUCUUUACUGUCAGUUUUUCUCUAAAAAAAUUAUUUUAAAGCUCCAAAUUAAUUUUCAAAAUUAUAAAUGAAAAAAGUAAAACAUGAUUUCUUUAAAUCAUUUUUGAACACAUCAUUCAAUAGAAGAAAAUAAUGUAUAUUAAUAAUUUUUAUGAAUUUUAAUUGUAUUUUCCUUUAUUUUUAAUGUAUAUGUAUACAUAAAUUUCUUGAUAAUUGCUUUAGUUAAACAUCAUAUAUCAUAUUAUAUCAAAUAUUCACACCUUCUAAUAGUCAAUUGCAAAAUAUGAUUUCUUUCUAAGUUUCUGUUAUCAUUUGUAAGAAAAGGUUUGCAGUUGAGAACAGACUGAUUAGUGUUGGUAAAUUCAAGUUUAAGCAAAAUCAGAGUGGUGGACUAAACUGAUUUCAAUCGGAACACUCAAUCAUCGCCAAACCGAAUUGAAUGUGCUGUGAAGAAUCGAUAUAUUUGCCAUUAUAAGAAUAUUAUUUCCUUUCUUUAACAAGUCAAUAUUUAAAUUUCGGCGCCUCAGUCUAACAUUUUCAAAGGGUUACAUAAAUUUUUUCGAUUAUUCUGCAGCAAAAUAGCAAUAGGUCACUUAAGCUAAAUGUCACACAAAAUAACAGAGAUCAAAAUUUAUUAAUCAGCCGUUAUAUUAAAAAUAACCGCAUUCUCACGCAUACUGUACAUUAAAUUCGUCUAGCUCCAUGAAAUGUCAUGUAAUCCAGUUGUCGUAAAUAAUUCUAAAUGUGAGUAGAUUGCAAAAAAUAUACUUGGAAUCAAUGUCUGAGCCACGCUAACAGAGAUUUCAGCAAUUGAAAAAAAGCCAAUGCCCCAGAACUUCACCUAUUUUGUCAUGUUGAUAUCCAACUCUAUAUUUAUUCUUGCGCUUCUAGUCAAUCCACCGCAGACCCUCUGUUAGCAUCCGUAAAUAAAUAAAUACAUCUCGUUUCCGAAUUCCGAAUGAAAGUGGAGAAAAUGAAUUUAAAUAAAAAAGUGUUCCUGAAUAAAUGCGGUUACUAAGAAAGUGUCAUUGGGUCCAAAGAAAAUUGAUGUUUCCAUAUCACCCUUAUAUGUGUGCUUGUGACGAAUGCUCACAAAACAGACCUUUAACAGAAAAUCAAAAUUUAUAUCAUCGCUGGUAUGUAAAUGUUCAUUUGAAAUUUUAACUGCAAGUGCUUCAAGUCCAAAUAUAGCCAAAAGCAGAAGGAUCCGGUGAUUUUGUUUAAAAAAUUGUCAAAACUAGCAGAUCAUUGUGUUCAAACAAGAGAUAAAAAAUUAAUAACUGCCCAAGGGUUUUGUGGAAAACAAAUUUACACUAACUCACCCCAAAAAUACAUCAAUUUUUGAAAAUUUGUGUGCUUGUUGCAGAGACCUAUUCAAACAAUCUUCUCAUAAUGAACGCAGUUUUUAAAAAAAAAUUUAUUUAUAAUCUUCUAUACUUUGUGCUACAAUAGCAGAAAGUGUUCAGAUAUAUAUGUCUGGAAAACUAUACUUUUGGAAAAAGGGUCAAAUGUUUGCUAGUGCGCAAUUGAAUUAAAAUGACAAACAGCCAGCAAAUUUUGUGAGGCGUUCUUACGGGUUUUUUCAUUGAUAUAAAGAAUACACAAUGCUUUCUUUGAUCGAAAGAGCGUAGUAAAAAAGCGAGUUUUGUAAAAAAUGAAGAGUUGACGAGAGCAACAAUCUCUCACAACGUGUUGUAAUAUAAAUGCAUUUAUGAUGAAAAUAAAUACGCAUGAAAUUACUGUAGAUUUUAGCACCACAAAUAGUAUACAUUAUGUAUGAAUAAAAGGCAAUAAAGUAA